AUCAAAAAGCAUAGGCAAUAGCGUUAUGCUGCCGCGUGAUGUUAAAUGUGCGUAUGGUGAGGAUGUUUCACUUGCUGUUUAAUCUGGUCUGUCAUUGCAGUGGUAGCUGACGAUUCUGUGUUUCGUCGUUUAUCAGGUCUAAUAUUUUAUUCCGACUUUGUUUUAGGUUUACAUAUACAUCAUUUAGCAGACGCUCUUAUCCAGAGCAUUUGGGGUUAAGUGCCUUGCUCCGUUGAACAUCGAUAGAUGUUUUACCUACUCGGCUCGGGGAUUUGAACAAGCGACCUUCCUGGUAUUGGUCCAACGCUCUUAACCGUUAGGACGGCUUCCUGCCGCCCUAUGUAUACGGGUAGGACAGGGUAGGUUAUAAUAACUUCAGUUGAUAGACACGUCAUGAUUUUCUACAGUGCGAUCGCGCUGGAUGAAGCAAAGCAUGAUGACGCUAGAUCCGUACACUAAAUAUGCUGUGUAGGACUCUGCGGGGCUGACAACAAUUUAUUUGCAUCGUAAUGACCCACGUUCAAUGAAGUGAACAAUUACCCCCUUCUGAUUCAUGUCUCAUGUGUAUUCUAGAUGUUGAGUGGGUUAAAUUAAUCGUCGUAGUUCUGCUACUAUUAAUCAUGAGACCCCUCGCAUGAAUUCAUCUUUGAUAGCUACUUGCGACAGCAGCUGCUAGAGCGGAGGCUUGCUUACAUUCCUGACUGGCGACUUCAUUCUGGCUAACAACAGUAGGAGAUAUGUAGCCAGCUAAAUAUAGCCGCGGGAAGUAAUGGUGCCCCCUGAAAAAUCGGAAUAAAAAAAAAUAUAUUAAUAAAAAAAUUGGGCACUGGGAACUUUAAUAGUCCUGUAUUAGCUGACAGAUAGGGAUAGAUAUCAAUUUGCAGGGCCAGCUCAGGCAAAAAUAUUUACAGCAUCUCCACUGCUGGCUAUGCAGCUGAAUGUAGCGAAUGUAAUACUCUUUGGAAACUUUUCUCUGUCAUAACUUUUGGAUUUGAAAUUGUAACCAAUUACAGACUCACCUGUAGAGGAAGUAGAAGAGUCAGCAGUUUUCAAAGGUAUGGGUCUUAAAUCUUUUCUUGCCCAUGAAUCCUCCUCCCAGGCAAACUGGUGACCCAGGGACCCCCCCAAUAAUAUCUUCAGGGCCGGCUCCAGGCAUACGCGACAUAAACGGUCGCGUGGGGCCCCCUGACCCACAUUUAUAUAUAUAAUAUUUUUUUUAAUGAACUCAGUCGGGUCUCAACUUACUGUUGAGAGUAGAAUGCUUUUCAUGGUCAAUCCGAUGUCUGAAGUGGCCGUACAGCGGCGGGUAGGGUAGCCUUAGGGUGGCAGGGUAGCCUUGGGGCGGCAGGUAGCCUUGGGACGGCAGGCAGCCUUGGGAGGGCAAGUAGCCUAGUGGUUAGAGCGUUGGACUAGUAACCGAAAGGUUGCAAGAUCAAAUCCCUGAGCUGACAAGGUACAAAUCUGUUGUUCUGAACAAGGCAGUUAACCCACUGUUCCUAGACUGCCGUUGAAAAUAAGAACUUGUUCUUAACUGACUUGCCUAGUUAAAUAAAGAUAAAAUGAUUACUGUGAUGUAGACUUCAGGGCUUUCAUACUUCUUGCAAUUAGCAGAGCUAUUGUGAAGGGAGUUGUCAAGGAAGUUCCUGUUAUUACAGGAUGUACCACCCCCACCUACCAUCAACCAAUCAUGUUAAUACGGAGCCCUCCGCAUUGUUACAAAAUUUGAGAGGCGCACAGCGAUGCGGUACAGAGCUUGAUCUGGCCUCUGCAUGGCUCCGCAAUUGCAUCACACCCUCCAUACGAAGCCUCCGACCACAUGUUUGGAUCAAGCCUAAAUUGGCUUUUAGAAUAGUAGAAUACACAAGGUGCAAGUUUGAAAUGUGGUUGUGCAUCAGCAGGUUUUCUCUUCUUUUGUAAGUCCCUGACAGUCAGUUAAUUGGUCAGCUAACAAUUUGUAGUUUGGUAAGUUAGUCUAGCCAUUUAUCUAAACUUGUACAGUAGUAAUCAUGGUCGAAUACCGAGCUGGCACACAGGGCAUGUGCCCAGGUGCCCUGACCUCCACGGGGCCCCCAUUGAUUUUGUUUGUCUCUCUCACUCAGAUUUUAAGAUAGCACAAGUCAUGACAAAAUGUGUAGAAUUGCAUGAAAUGUGUUAUAAAAUUGCAGAAUAUUUUCUCCGCCCCAUGGCAAAAUGUAUAGAACUGCAGGAAAUGUACUUUAAAACAUAAAUGUUUCUCUCCGCUUGGUGGUGGGGCCCCCCAAUCAAAUCUAGCUUAGGGCCCCCAAAAGGUUAGAGCCGGCCCUGCAUGUCUUAUCAUCAGGUGAAUGAUAAUGGCAAAGUGAAGUAAUCAGCAUUUAAAAAUUAAUAAUUCAUAUAUUUGGUAAUCUUCUGACUGGCUAAUGAUCUGGCUAAUGAUCAACAACCAACUUGACAGAGGUUGAAUAAUUUGUUAAAGGAUAAUGUGCAAAUAUUGUACAAUCGAGUUGUGCAAAGCCCUUAGAGACUUACCCAGAAAGACUCACAGCUGUAAUCGCUGCCAAAUGUCAUUCUAACCUGUAUUGACUCAGGGGGUUGAAUACUUAUGUAAUAAGUAGUGUUAGUGUUUUAUUUUUUAUAUAUAUAUAUAUUUUUACAAAUGUUAGAAUUUUUUGUGUAGAUCAUUUAUAUUUGUAAUUUUUUUUCAUCCAUUUUCAUCCCACUUUCUAACACAACAAAAUGUGGGAAAAGUGAAGGGGUGUGAAUACUUUCUUCCUCCGAGAAGAUUGAAUGACAAAUUAAGUUUUUAUCAAAAACUACUGUUUUCAGCACCCAAAGAAUAGCCCGCAAUAACACAGAACAAUGCUGUGUUUUGAUGUUUUGAUAAAAAUAAAAAUAAAUGUUUUGAUAAAAACUUAAUUUUAUGUGACGUUGGAGCUCCAGUCCGCCCACACAGUCACUGCUCAACUCCAUCGUGAAUCAUGGAGUGGAGUUUAGUUGGCUAAUUAUUGCUUAACCAAGUCAAGAUGUGUUUGCCUUACAGAAACGAGGAUGAAACCAACAUGAUUAGCACCGAUGGCCUCUCUAAAUGCGAGGCGACCUGGUGCGAGACUGGGAAAAGGCCACAGGCGGAGAUGUUGCACCUUCUGUCCGCUGUCAUUGUCUGGCUUGUGACGGGGACAACCAUCUCCAGUCUUAACAAAUGGAUUUUUGCAGUGUACAACUUCAGGUACCCCUUACUGCUGUCGGCCCUGCACAUGUUGACAGCGAUAGUGGUGGACUAUGGGCUUAUUAAACUGCGAAUUCUCCAGCAAAACGGUGGGGUUGACAACCAGAAGGACCUUACCACCAGCGCCAAAUGCAAGGUGUUUCUAUUGAGCUUGACAUUUUGUGCCAGCAUCGCAUUUGGCAACAUGGGUCUAAACUAUGUCCAGCUGUCAUUUGCCCAAAUGAUCUACACCACCACGCCAAUCUUCACCCUGGCCAUCUCCACUCUGAUCCUGGGCAAGCAACACCACAUCCUCAAAUACACAGCCAUGAUGCCCAUCUGUCUGGGAGCCUCGUUCAGCAUCAUGGGCGAGGUCCAGUAUGACCAGACAGGCUGCUUCUUUGUAUUCGCUGCAACAAUGUUGAGAGGUGUCAAAACCAUCCAGCAAGGUAUCUUGCUCCAGGAGGAGAAAAUCAACUCUGUGUUCCUGCUGUACCUGAUGUCUAUCCCCAGUUUCUGCAUCCUGGCCGUAGCUGCUCUGGCCCUGGAGAACUGGGCCGUGCUAGAGUCUCCAAUGCACUACGACCACAACCUGUGGCUCUUCAUUCUGCUCAGCUGCCUGGGCUCUGUCAUGUACAACCUGGCCAGCUGCUGCAUCAUCACCCUCACCUCCGCCGUCACCCUGCACAUCUUGGGGAACCUGAGCGUGGUGGGCAACCUGCUGCUCUCCCAGCUGCUGUUCGGCAACGAGAUGUCAGCGCUCAGCUGUGCCGGUGUGGCUCUUACUCUCUCUGGCAUGCUCAUCUACCAGAACUCUGAGUUCAUCUCCAACUACCUGGAUGCACGGCGAGCUAAAGCCAGGGAGCUCAGCCGAGUGAGGGAGGAGGAUAUUGCUGGCCCAUUCCAACCGCCCCCCCAAGAACAACAGGAGAGGGUAAACACUGGCGGCAAGCGAGAGGACAAGAUGGACUGAGAGAGAGAGAGAGAGAGAGAGAGAGAGAGAGAGA